AUGGAAGAAGCCGCGGCCUCCUUAGAGGCAGCCGGCGCUUGCGCCGAAAGCACCUUCUUGCAUCGCCAAGCUACCUCUACGGGGUGUAUCUACACCGGAAGUCACUCUGCCGUCUCGCCUCUGAGGUGUACGUACACCCCAGGUGACCGAGUAGCGGACCUGGACGGCCACCUCGGCACCGUCCGAUACAUCGGUCCUGUCGAGGGCUACUCCCGAAGAACCGCUUCUGCAUCAUAUGAGACUUCUUCCUCUUCUUCUUUGUGUGAAGACGCAGAGUUGUGGAUAGGGAUCGAGUGGGACGACGCUGGACGCGGGAAGCACGACGGGUCCUUGAAUGGGAAAGUUUACUUCUCUUGUGUGGGGUCGCUGAGGAAGAAACCGGCAGCCUCUGGCGCGGAUGGAGAGCAGGCGGAGCGCGUCACGGCCGGUUCUUUCGUCAAGAGACACAAAUUGCUCGAACCGACAGACUUCAAAAGAGCCGUCCUCGAGAGAUACACCGAAAAGCUCACGCAAGAACAAAUAGACUCCAUGCUCCUCGUCAACCCUCUCACAAACAAGACGAAACCCGUGGAAUUCGUCGGACGCAAGGAGGCAGAGGAACACUUUGCUCGUCUGCAUCUGUUGAACGCGAUGAGUUUCACGAGUGUUUCUGCCAUUCGUUACGCGGGUUCGCCUCCUCACCUUCUCCUUCCAAAUCUCCGACGUUUGUCGCUGGCAAACAGCUUGAUCACGAACUGGGAGGAACUUCUGGGGAUUUUGCGGUGCGUUCCUCGCCUCUCGUCGCUCUCUCUCUGCGGCACACGACUCCAGGCGUCCACGCUGCCUUCCGGGGGGUUCGCGUCGUCUGGAAAGGCAGAGCCCUGCGGACACACAGAGCGAGUAAUUCUUGAGGAGCUGAACGACCUGCAACUCGACGGAACAUUUGUCACCUGGGAAGAGCUUCUCGCCUUUGAUGCUCUCGCGCCCAACCUGCAGCGUUUGUCCAUUCGCGGAAACGACCUCUCUCCUUUUGAAAGAAACACUGCUUCUUCUCCGGACGACGUCUUACCCCCUUUUCCUCUCUUCGAUCCCAGAGCUUCGCUGCCCGAGCGCAGGACAGAGAUAGGAAAAGAAGAAACCGCGUUGUCUCUGAAGGAUGAACACGCGCCUUUACCGCCGAGAGAAGCGGUCCUGGAGAACCCCUCCUCUCGAAUUUUCCAUGGUCUCCGUUCUCUGGAUGUCUCAGACAAUCCCAUUCAGUCCUGGGCGGCGAUUUUUGCCUGCAUGCGGCACUUGCCGAGGCUAGAGUCUCUCUGCGCCGUGAACGCUGAGUUGGGAGACUUCUCGGGUGCACGGACGCCUGACCUGGCUGCGUGCGGGGGUCGCGGUGUACGUACCGCCGAGCCCCGGGGCGCCGAGUCGACCGCAACGGUUGAAAGCGCCGGAAAUCAGACGGGAAACGGAGACUUUCGAGAGACAUGUGGAGUGGGGGACAGCGCGAAAGGGUAUGCUUGUGUCGCAGAUCGGCUGGAGAAAGAGGCAAGAGAAAUGGGCGACUGCUUGGCUGCUGCGUGGGCUCUCGCUCUGGACCGGAACCGGCGGGAGAAGAUCCGCGAGCUGUGUGUUGAAGAUAAUUGCGUUGACCAAUGGGAGACAAUAACGGCUCUCGCUAGGCUGUUCCCCUCACUGCAGAGACUGAUGAUUCAAGGAAAUCCUCUUCUUCAACCUUGCGCAACUGCAAAGGUGACCGCCGUCUCUACAGGCUUCGGAGCCUCUUCUCCGCAGCGCCAGGUCGUGAUUUCGCUUUUCCCUUGCCUGGAAGUGCUGAGUGGCGGAACAAUUUCUAAGGCGGACAGAGCAGCAGCUGAGAAGUACACGCUUUCCCUGCUCCAUCGCAUCAGGAGAACAGAGAACGAGAACUCGCUCCCCAUUCCAGCUGGUCUCGUCGAGGCACUGCAGCUUCCUACCCCGGGAGAGGAGCACAAUAAUUCUGCGUUUGAUGAGCUGCUCGACCGUCUCACACAAAUCCACGGGGACUUUUCUCUUGCAACCACCCAGGGGGAAGGAGGCGCCGCCGUGCUCGCUUCCUCUCUGAUUGGCAUUCUCCUGCAACCGGACGCAGCGUCCAUCUUCGAUAAACCGGCAGUAAAAAAGCGAAUCCCAAAAUCAAUGAGAGUCAGAGAUCUGAAGACACUAUGCAUGCGCCUGUUUGGACUUCCCGUUGCGCACAUAGAACUUCUUUACAACGACGGGAAAAUGCCGGUCAGCACCCCGUUGGACGACGACGCCGCCUCUCUUGAUUUCUUCGGAGUCGACACUGGAUCUGUCGUCCGAGUCCAGGACAAAAACGACAGACGAUCUGCCUGA